GCGUCUCCGCAUCUCAGAAGCAGGAGCAGCAGCAGCGCGAGCAGCACGCCAACUUCCCCGGCUCCUCCGCAUCCUCGCCUCCAGCAUCAUGGGGAGCAGCAGCAGCAGCGCUCACUUGGCGUGGCACUUGUGCCUCGCGCUCGCUUUCCUGCGCCUGCGCGGCCUCGCGGGGGGCAGUGGCGUCCCAGAUGCUGACGAAUGUACAGAAGGGACGGACGACUGCCAUAUCGACGCAAUUUGUCAAAACACACCGAAGUCUUACAAAUGCAUUUGCAAACCUGGUUAUAAAGGAGAAGGAAAACAAUGUGAAGAUAUCGAUGAGUGUGAAAAUGACUUCUACAAUGGAGGAUGUGUACAUGAAUGCAUCAAUAUUCCAGGCAACUACAGGUGCACUUGCUACGAUGGAUUCAUGCUGGCUCAUGAUGGACACAACUGCCUUGAUGUUGAUGAAUGCCUGGAUAACAAUGGAGGAUGUCAACAGAUUUGUGUCAAUACAAUGGGAAGUUAUGAAUGUCAAUGCAAAGAAGGCUUUUUCCUGAGUGAUAACCAACACACAUGUAUUCACCGCUCCAAUGAGGGUAUGAACUGUAUGAACAAAGAUCAUGGGUGCGCGCAUAUCUGCCGGGAGACACCCAAAGGUGGGGUUGCCUGUGAAUGUAGGCCUGGCUUUGAACUUGCCAAAAACCAGAAGGACUGCAAAUUAACCUGUAACUAUGGAAAUGGAGGCUGCCAACACACCUGUGAUGACACAGAUACUGGUCCUGUCUGCGGUUGUCACCAAAAGUAUGCCCUACACUCUGACGGCCGAACGUGUAUUGAGAAGGAUGAGGCUGCAAUUGAGAGUUCUGAGUUCAAUGCCACGUCAGUAGCUGAUGUGGACAAGCGGGUGAAACGGCGGCUACUUAUGGAAACAUGUGCUGUCAAUAAUGGAGGCUGUGACCGUACUUGCAAGGAUACAGCAACAGGAGUACGCUGCAGUUGCCCCGUUGGAUUUACCCUGCAGCCUGAUGGGAAAACAUGCAAAGAUAUUGACGAGUGUCUGGUAAACAAUGGUGGCUGUGACCACUUCUGCCGUAAUACAGUGGGCAGCUUUGAAUGCAGCUGCCAGAAGGGCUAUAAACUACUAACAGACGAACGAACCUGCCAAGAUAUAGAUGAAUGCUCAUUUGAAAGGACCUGUGACCAUACCUGUAUCAACUAUCCGGGAAGUUUUGAAUGCCUAUGUCAUAAAGGUUACACAUUGUAUGGAAUGACACACUGUGGAGAUAUUGAUGAAUGCAGCAUCAGCAAUGGGAGCUGUGACUACGGAUGUCUUAAUACAAUGGGAACCUAUGAAUGUGUAUGUCCUCCUGGGAAGAAGUUGCACUGGAAUAAAAAAGAUUGUAUUGAGACGGUGAAAUGCCUGCCAAAUGCCAAACCAGCUCCAAAGGCUCAGCUGGUCUGCAGCAAAUCAGGAGGAAUGGAGAGCUGCUUCUUAUCUUGUCCAUCCAACACACUUUUUGUCCCAGACUCCGAGAAUAGUUAUUCAGUAAGCUGUGGAGUUCCAGUACAGCAGGGCAAGUUACAACAAAAGCGUAACAGUACACUUCCUAGUUGUGCAGACAUACUAGCACCUCCAAUCAAACAGAAGGCUCGUUUUAAAAUCAAGGAUGCAAAGUGUCACUUGAGGCCUCGUAGCAAAGAAAAAAUAAAGGAUAUUGGAAAGCAGCAGGCUGUUAUAGGAGGCCAAUUUCCUUGUACAGACAACUGCCCAGUAGCCUUUGUGAACUUGAAGUGUGACUCCUCUAAGAAAAAACGUCGUGGACGAAAAUCACCAUCGAAGGAAGUAUCGCACAUCACCGCUGAGUUUGAAAUGGAGAUGAAGUCUGAAGAAGUCUCAGAUACCUGUAACCUUGACUGUUUGAGGAAAAGGAUGGAACAGAAGCUACAAACAGCAAUCAAAACCUUGAGGAAAUCUAUUAACAAACAACAAUUUUACAUUCAGUUUUCUGGGACCGAGUAUGAAGUGGCUCAGAAGGCAGCUAAAGCUGUCCCUGAAGGACAUGAACCCUGCAGUACAGGACAAGUGCAGCAUGAUGGAAAAUGUGUUACCUGCAGCACUGGUACCUAUUUCAGUGGGGAGCAUAAUCAGUGCAUUCCUUGCUCACCAGGAACAUACCAAGACACGGAAGGUCAACUGUCCUGUGAACCUUGCCCAAGCAAUGAUGGACAGGGCAUAGCCGGUGCCCGGAAUGUCUCAGAAUGUGGAGGGCAGUGUUCUCCUGGACAUUUUUCUUCUGAUGGCUUUAAACCUUGUCGAUUGUGUCCACUCGGCACCUAUCAAUCUGAGCCAGGAAGGACCCUCUGUUUUCCAUGUGGUGGAGGACUGGGGACCAAAUACGAAGGUGCGGUGUCAUUUCAGGACUGUGAAACAAAGGUUCAUUGUUCUCCUGGCCAUUACUACAACUCUACAACUCACCGAUGUAUCAGAUGUCCUGUUGCAACCUACCAGCCUGAGUUUGGUCAGAAUUAUUGCAUUACCUGUCCUGGGAAUACAAGUACAGAUUUUGAUGGCUCUACCAAUGUUACACACUGUAAAAAUCAACAAUGUGGUGGAGAACUUGGGGAUUACACAGGCUACAUUGAGUCUCCCAAUUACCCUGGAGAUUACCCAGCCAAUGUUGAAUGUAUUUGGAAUAUAAGCCCACCUCCAAAGAGACGGAUUCUUAUAGUGGUACCCGAGAUAUUCCUCCCAAUCGAAGAUGAGUGUGGAGAUGUUUUAGUAAUGAGAAAAAGUGCUUCGCCUACAUCCAUUACUACCUAUGAAACUUGCCAGACAUAUGAAAGACCUAUAGCAUUCACCUCCAGGUCACGAAAGUUAUGGAUACAGUUCAAAUCAAAUGAAGGCAACAGUGGCAAAGGAUUCCAAGUACCCUAUGUAACCUAUGAUGAGGAUUAUCAACAGUUAAUAGAAGACAUUGUUCGAGAUGGACGUUUAUAUGCAUCAGAAAACCAUCAAGAAAUUUUAAAAGACAAGAAGCUUAUUAAAGCCCUUUUUGAUGUAUUGGCACAUCCGCAAAACUAUUUCAAGUACACAGCACAAGAAUCAAAGGAGAUGUUCCCAAGAUCAUUUAUAAAACUACUUCGAUCGAAAGUUUCCAGAUUUUUACGACCAUACAAAUAACUUCCUAGCGCUUUUAAAUUGUUUCUUUUCCCUUUGCAUUCCUGUCAGAUAUUGUAUUGUCUUUGACAGUAGAAACAUUUUUUGCUAAUUUGAAGACUCCUUGGCAGUUUUUAUCUUAAAUUGUAUAUUGAAGAAUAACUAUAAUGUUUUAUAAUCUCCAAUAUUUUGAAUGGGAUUUUUUUUUACUUCGAAGAAGAAUAUUGGAUUCCAGAGUGCAUCGAGUUGAAGAUCCAAAUUUAAUCCUGCACUAUUUUAUCUUCAGUCAUGAUGAGAAGCAUCUGUUUAGAAAUGCAUUUCAAAACAUUGUCUAGUGGAAAAGUUUUCUUCUUCAGCAAAGAAGAAACCUGGUCAAAGAAACUACCUGCAAAGAAGAGCUACGAUGGAAAGGAAUAUGUAGUAUAAAUAAUACUUGGAUUUUGAAUUGCACUUGAACUUUAUAUGUGAAAUUUUAUUGGGAAAUCUAAAUAUCAUACUUUCCCAUUAGUUGAUUUAUGGAGACUUUGUUCUAGAUCUAAGCCAAAAAAGAAGAAGAAUGGGAUGAAAUGGGUGUGUAAUUUUGGUUGAUGGAUUACGCAAGUUCUAUGCUCACAAUCUACUAUUUCAUUGGCCCUUUUAAAACUUUUUCAUGAGUUUUACUGAUGUCUAACAUUGCCAGUGCAAUGUCAGGGUUAUAGAUAAAUAGUGAUUUCUCUUUUAAAAAUUUACAAUGGAAUGAAAGAGAUUAAAGGACAAAUCCUAAUGCUUAAUUUUACUACUCCUGAUAGAAGAUCUAAACAAUAUAAUAUAAAUAUAUGUAUCUUUUUCUGGGUACUUCAGUAUUACUAUUAUUAUAACCUAUAAGUCAUGUAAAUACCAUUCAGACCGUAAUCUGUUUCAUUACAAUUCAGAAUUGUUUGUACAUAGUGGCACAUGAAGACCGGAUACGCUUGGGAGCUGUUGAAAACAGACCUCUGCACAUGUGCAGAGAGAUUUCUCUAUCAGCUUUUAAAACUACAUAUUUUGCAAUAAUUGGGGCAUAUUCAUGGAUUGUGGGUAUGUUUAUCUUUUCAUUUCAUAAGAGUUCUUGAAGAAGUUGCAAUGUUUAUCUCAUACCUGAAGUAGAUUGAAAUUUCAUGUUAAAAAUUAUCCCCAUCAGAUCUACCAUGGUCAGAACACAAGAUGCCAGAAAUUAAGAAAA